AUGGUCACCUCAAUUAUAAACGAAGCCCUCGGCGAAUUGCCCACCCAGGCCCCUCAGGUUGCUGCUAGUGCUCUUGACUUGUUCUCUUUGAAAGGAAAGGUCGCCUCGGUCACCGGUUCCUCCGGAGGAAUUGGUUGGGCAGUGGCUGAGGCAUUCGCUCAGGCUGGUGCUGACGUUGCCCUCUGGUACAACUCCCACCCAAUUGAAGACAAGGCGAAGCACUUGGCCGAGACUUAUGGAGUGAAGGUUAAGGCUUACAAGUGCAACAUCUCGGACCACACCGAUGUGGAAAGGGUCGUCUACCAGAUCGAGAAGGACUUUGGCGGACUUGAUGUCUUUGUUGCCAACGCUGGCGUGGCAUGGUCCGAUGGUCCUUGCAUUGACACGGAGGGCGUUGAUGCGUGGAAGAAGAUGAUCGAUUUGGACUUGAACGCUGUGUACUACUGCGCCAGACCCGCCGGUCAGAUUUUCAAGAAGAAGGGCAAGGGAUCCUUCAUUAUCACCGCAUCAAUGUCUGGCCAUGUUGUCAAUGUUCCCCAGCUUCAGGCCCCUUACAACGCUGCCAAGGCUGCUACCAUAAUGCUUGCCAAGUCGCUUGCGAUUGAGUGGGCUCCAUUUGCGAGAGUCAAUUCUGUCUCUCCCGGCUACAUUGCUACUGACAUUACCGGAAGCAUGGACCCAGAGAUUUCUGCAACUUGGAACAAAAUCAUUCCAUUGGGCAGACAAGGCCAGCCUCGCGAGUUGGUGGGUGCCUACUUGUACCUUGCAUCCGAUGCCUCCACCUACACCUCGGGUACGGACAUUUUGGUGGACGGUGGAUACACCGCCCCAUAG